AUGGAUGAAGGCACAGAAGUUUCGACUGAUGGAAAUUCCUUGAUCAAGGCUGUGCAUCAGAGCCGGCUUCGCCUCACAAGACUUUUGCUAGAAGGUGGUGCCUACAUCAAUGAGAGCAAUGACCGCGGAGAAACGCCUUUAAUGAUUGCUUGUAAGACCAAACACAUCGACCAGCAGAGCGUCGGUAGAGCCAAGAUGGUUAAAUACCUUCUAGAGAACAGUGCUGACCCCAACAUCCAGGACAAAUCCGGGAAAAGCGCUCUGAUGCACGCAUGCUUAGAAAGAGCUGGCCCGGAAGUGGUUUCCCUGCUCCUCAAGAGUGGGGCGGACCUCAGCUUGCAGGACCAUUCUGGUUACUCAGCUCUGGUUUAUGCUAUAAAUGCAGAGGACAGAGAUACCCUGAAAGUCCUCCUUAGUGCUUGCCAGGCUAAAGGGAAAGAGGUCAUUAUCAUAACGACAGCGAAGUCGCCCUCUGGGAGGCACACCACCCAGCAGUACCUCAACAUGCCUCCCGCGGACAUGGAUGGGAGCCAUCCUCCAGUCACGCCUUCAGAAAUUGACAUCAAAACUGCCUCAAUGCCAUUGUCAUAUUCUUCCGAGACAGACCUGACACUUUUUGGCUUUAAAGAUAAGGAGUUUUCUGGAAACAGCGAUAAUACCUGGGACCCGGACUCUCCUCGGCAGAAGCCUGUGAUGACCCCUAACGGGCCCAAGCUAUCCCAGGUUGGGUCAGGCUGGAUCAAGAAUACCCCAUCAUUAAAGCACCAGGCCCGAGUGGCCUCCUUGCAAGAGGAGCUCCAAGAUAUCACGCCAGAGGAGGAAAUAGCUUACAAGACCAACGCGCUGGCGCUGUCCAAGCGCUUUAUCACCAGACAUCAGAGCAUCGAUGUUAAAGACACCGCACACUUGCUCAGGGCCUUUGACCAGGUCAACUCAAAGAAGACGUCAUAUGAUGAACUAAAUUACCACCCUUUGUUUCCGGAAGGAAACCAGCCAUGCAUGGAAAUUCCCGCUGACCAGGACCCAGACCCUAACCAGACCCUCUUCGCCUCCACUUUAAGAAGUAUAGUUCAAAAGCGAAACUCGGGAGCCAGUCACUACAGCUCUGAUUCUCAGCUCUCAGACGGUGUUCCGCCUCCGAACACAGAAGAAGGCAAAGCUGGAAAGAAAAAGAUCUUUGCGCCAUCUCCUUCCUUGCCCAAAGAAUUAAUGGAGACUGGCCCUCCGGGUCCCCUGAGCAGGAGGAACCACGCGGUUUUAGAAAGGCGGGGUUCUGGAGCGUUUCCCAUCGAUCACAGCCUCGGGCAGAGUAGACCCGGCUUUCUGCCCCCCUUAAAUGUAAAUCCUCACCCUCCUAUCACAGACGUCGGUGUCAACAGCAAGAUCUGCAGCCUGCUUUCCUGUGGCCAAAAAGCGCUUAUGCCAACUGUUCCUAGUUUCCCGAAGGAAUUCAAAAACAAAAAGAUGUUGUUAAGACGACAGUCUCUGCAGACAGAACAAAUUAAGCAGUUAGUAAAUUUUUAAGAGAUGGCUAGAAAACACAUCAUGUCCAAACGUCUGUAUCAGAAAAAGAUAGGCUUAGAGAAGAAAUCUUAACUGUAUCCUUUCAAGUUUUAGCUAGUGCAUCACGGCUAGGCAGAUGAAAAUAUAGUGUAUUUUGUGUUAGGUACUGUGAGCACACCAUAAUAUAUAGCUUCCGAGGAAAUUCUAACAAAAUGAAAGCCGUUUUUCUCAAAACUUCCAGUAUUUAUCGACUUUCAUGUGGUCCAAGUUUUCCAUCUAAACAAAAAUGCUCCAAGAAAGAAAGGUACCUAUGCUAGAAACGAUUUUUAAAAUUUCAGAUUGGCCUCAUGUUCUAUUAUGAAACAAUGUUUUCAAGUUAGUAAUUUUGUCAACACUUUAUGUCAACAAGGUUGUAAUUUUCCGUGAUGUCAAAAUCACCAAAGAAACCCUGACAUCAGUGAAGCUAAACUAUAAGGGAAGGAUGAACAGAUUCUUUAAAAAUGUUGACUCAGACAGGUGAAAGUCUUAUUUUAAAAAUGUAACAUGAAAAACUAGUUAGAGCAACCGCUGCUCAUAAUGGCUGCCAUACCUGCAUCA